AUGGAUAGGAGAUUAUUGCAACAAUAUGAAAAGGAUGGGUAUGUGGAAUGCAUCUUGGAAUAAAAAAGUACUCUCAAAAGUUGGAGGUUAUUACAGCUAUGGAGUUAAGCAAGGAUUGUGGGGUUGGACUGUGCCAAAGGUUUUUGCAUGAAUCAAGCUUACAUUCUUGAAAUUGGAGAAUAUAUAAAUGACUUUAGAAAAGGAAAAUGGAGUUAUGAGUUUGAAAAACAAAAGAUUAAGGGAGGAUUUUAUAAUUUGCACUCUUAAAAAAAUGGAAAAUGGGUGGAGAUCUAAGAUGAAUUUUAUUAUUAUUCUCAAGUUACUUAUGUUGGAGAAUACUAAAUUGAUAAAAAAGUAGGCCUCUGGGAAACAUGGUAUAAAAACCAUGUUAAAGAUUAAAAGAAUGUAUAAAUGUAAAAUAUUCACAAUAAAAUGCAUAUUUUUAGUGGAGGUGGAUCAUACAGUAAUAAUAUUAAAGUAGGGAAAUGGGUUGAAUUGAGCGAUGAAUUUUAUGAGUAUUCAUAAGUCACAUUUAAUGGCGAAUAUAAAAGUGGAAAAAAAAUUGGGCGAUGGGAUAUAUGGUAUAAGAAGCGAGGAGAUUAAUAGAGCCAGUAAAUGUAAAAUAUAAGAAAAAGGGUUAAUAAUUUUAGUGGUGGUGGAUUAUAUGAUGUAAGAAAUGAGGGUACUAAGACUGGGUUUUGGAUAGAGGUGAGCGAUGGAUUUUAUGAGGAUUCGUAGGUGAUAAAUAAUGGUGAGUAUAAAAAUGGAAAGAAAGUUGGUAGAUGGGAUAUGUUAUAUCGAAAGGGAGAUAGAGAUUAAUGGAAUAAAAGAGUGUAAGAUAUUCGAUAAAUAGGGUUAAAUUGUAGGAGCGGAGGAUCAUAUUGUAAUGAUACUAAAAUUGGGGAAUGGAUUGAAUUAUGUGAUGGUUUUAGGAACAUUUCUUAAGCUACAUACUGUGGUAAAUAUAAAAACGGAGGCAAAGUUGGCAGAUGGGAUAUUUGGUAUAAGGGAUAUGAAGGGGAUCAAGAGAACCAUAAAAUUGGGGGUGGGUCAUAUAAUGAAAGAGGCGAUGAGAUUAAGAUUGGGUAAUGGGUGGAACUGAGUGAUGGAUUUUAUGAGUAUUCAUAAGUUACUUAUUGUGGUUUAUAUGACUAAGGUAGAAAACUUGGUAGGUGGGAUAUUUGGUAUAAGUAGCAUGAUGAAGAUUAAAUGAAUUAAUAAGUGGGUGGAGGACAAUAUCAUGAUAGUAUUAAGUAUGGCAUGUGGAUCUUGAAUUAAGUGAAAGUUUUAGAAAGAUUUCUUAAGUCAUUUUUAAAGGUGAAUAUAACUUUGGUUAAAAAAUUCGUAGAUGGUCAAUAUUGUAUUUGGAGGAAGAAAAAUACAAAAAGAUAGGUGGUGGAUCAUAUGAGAAUGGCAUUAAGUGAUGUAUUUGGAGAUAAUUCUUAAAUUACAUUUAGAGGUGAAUACAAAAAUGGUCACAAAAUAGGUAUUUGGGAUAUUUGGUAUAGGAGAUAUAUUGAUGAGCCAUAUAAAUUGAUAGGUGGAGGAUUAUAUGAUCAAUUUAAUAAUGGAAUUAAGACCGGAUACUGGAUAGAAUUAAGUAAUGGUUUUAAGGAUUAUUCACAAGUCACUUAUAGAGGCAAAUAUCAAUGUAAUAAAAAAAUUGGUAAAUGGGAUAUUUACUACCGAUAUAGCGUUAAGUUACCUUUUGAAUUAAUUGGAGGAGGAUUUUAUGAUGAAAGAAGCAAUGGAAUUAAGGUUGGUAAGUGGAUAGAAAUAUCUGAUGACUUUAAGGAUUUGAACUAAAUUACUUAUGUUGGAGAAUAUAAGGAUGGUAAAAAAGUGGGUACUUGGUAGUAAAUUGAAAGAAAGAAAAAUGAAUAAAGAGCUAUAAUAACUUAUAGUAUAUGAUUUGGGAAGCGGAUGAUCAUAGAAAAUUGUUAUGAAAAUGAAUAUAUAUAUUUGUAAAUAAGUUGUUGCCUUAAAAUUUC